UGGAGCAUGCAUGCGGUAAAAUUAGACAAUUCUUGAAUAGUGAAAUCACUAUAUUUAGGACAUCACUUCGAAAGGUGGGAGAUUCAAUCCGUUAAACAACGAUGGACUCAUAUUCCUUCUCAGGACAGGGAAGAGUCAAUCAGCUGGGCGGAGUUUUUAUUAAUGGCCGACCCCUACCAUUGGUCCUGCGUAAACAGAUUAUAGAGCUAGCACAGCUUGGGGUUCGUCCAUGCGACAUCAGCAGACGGCUGCGCGUUUCUCAUGGAUGUGUCAGUAAGAUCUUGUACAGGUUCCAGCAGACGGGCUCUAUUGAACCAGGGGCAAUCGCUGGGUCCAGCACGCCACGAAACGUCACACCCGAAAUAGAAGAGAAGAUAGACGAAUACAGGAGAGAAAAUCCCGGCAUGUUUUCGUGGGAAGUUAGGGACAGGUUGGUGAAGGAUAACGUCUGUUCAAGAUGCACUGUGCCAUCACUUGCAGCCAUCAGCCAAGUCCUAAAGAACAGAAUCGCAAGUACAAGCAGUGCAGCCUCCGAGGAUGACGACGUCUUUAUUGAUGUCGAGGAGACAGAUGAUAACAGUAACAUAGUGGCAGGCGUGAUAUUAAAAACAAAGAAGGAAAGAAAAGGCGAAGAAGAUGACAAGGGGAAGGAAGAUGAAAAAGUGGAAAAAAAUAACAGUCUUCCAUCAAGACAUAACUUUUCGAGUUCAUACUCCAUAGCAAGUAUUCUGAAAAAACCCUCAGCCGAAGAAGAUGGAAGUGCCGAGACUGUAAAGGGGAUCAAAGUGGAAGCUAUUGAAUCGCCGCCUCCUAGUACUAGUCCCUCGCGAAUGCAUUUUUCGCUCGAUCCUGACUUCCUUCUCACUCGCAAGCAACGCCGCAGCCGAACUAAGUUCACGUCUAAACAAGUAGAUGAACUGGAGAAAGCUUUCCUUAAAACCCAAUACCCGGAUGUUUAUACGCGGGAGGAGUUAGCUCAAAGGCUGAAUCUGACAGAGGCAAGGGUGCAGGUUUGGUUUUCGAAUCGUCGAGCUCGGCUACGCAAGAAAAAGAUAAACGGAGACGACAACGACUCGACCAACAAGCGCAAAUACUGCUACCCACAGGGCAUGUGCACAUGUCAUCCAACGGCUGCACCAAUCAGAUACCAGGUCGUUCCAAUCAACGACAGAGUCUACACACUGCCAGUCCUCUAACCAGAUCCCAGUGACAGCAAAAUUAUCAUUUCUGUAUUAUUACUUAGACUUCAAAGCAGGAAUAUGCUCCCAAUUGAAAAGCAGUUUUCUGUACCACGUGUUUUCUAGAGUAGUUCAUUCUACAGGGGCGUUCUCCUGAGCUCUGUUAAGCUUUUGGCACACCACACAAAUUUUGCUCAUUUAAAAAUGAGGUGAUGUGGGUUGUUACUUUGUUUAUAUAUUUUUUAUUUUUUAAAGAGAUUUUCAUAUAUUUUUACUAAGUGUAACUGGUAUAACGAUGGAUACGUUCCUGUCUUAUCGAAUUUGAUACUGAUAAUUUUGUAGUUUUUAAUGGCCUUUUUGCUUCCUGUUUUAAUCACUCCAUUUCACUUCUCAACGGAAGAACAUUCUGCUCUCUUUCAUUGGCCUACAACUAACUGUGAAAUGGCGUGAUGAAUAGCCAUUAAAACUUUUGAGUAAUCGAAAAAUGCAAAUAGACAAGUAAAGUAUAUGAAAGAUGCACUUUUAAAUUGUAGAUACAAUAUAUUAUAGAAUAUAUUAAGCUUUUAAGGUUCUUAUAAGAUAACUCUAAUCUAUAAAAUUUUAUAUAUUUUUAUAACUCGUUUUAUAAUAAUUAUAUAUUUUGAUGUUUUGUAAAUUCAAGUUUUGUGAAAGUAAAACAAUUGAAAUUAACUGUUAAGUUAAAAAUGUUGGGACAUAAGAAUUAACCUUUAGACUCUUGACAAUUAUUUUCAGUCCACUUAGACACCUUGAACUUGACAAUCUUCUUUACAUCAGGGGUUGUGCUUGUUACAUUAAAUGUCAACACAAAAUAGUGCAGUGCAGGCAGUGCCUAAAUCUAUAUAUUAUCGAAUUAAA